AUGUCUGCCACAUCAUUACUCACCGGACGUUGCUUUUGGGGCCGGCGGACGACACCAACUGGCCCAUUUGUAUACACUGCUUUUCGACCCCGCAAGGAGGGCAAUCACAGCCAGAGGAUACCAAUAAGUUUUCUCGGAAACACGUAUUAUGAGCGUCGCUUUGGGAGGUUACCAUCCUCACAUGAUACAUCACCCGGUACUUCGUUCUCACUGCCGUCGCUCAGCGCCGGAGACGUUCUUGUGAAGAUGGGGUCUGCCACGCCGGCGGCGUUGCGUGGUCGCCGCAUUGUUGAUGUGACAGGCAUACAGACGAGUUUCUUGGACGCCUCGGAGCGAGACGCCAGUGCCCGUUUUCGCAUAGACGAUGUUGUACAUUCGAUGCACAUGCACGACGGUCACGAAGUGCCGGAGUUGAACCGUGGCAUUGUUGACAUUGGCAAGCUUGCGGUGCUGUGCGCAUUCCCGAUUGCUGGAGCAACUUCGCUGCUUCCGCUUGAAAACGUCUCGGGGACGUUGUUGAAACGACGUUCCUUGGGCUACCGCAGCGAGGAGGAGGGUACACAGCUGGUGCGCGUAAUCGCGGAGGGCUGCCAAGCUGGUGCGUUGCGUGGACUUUGCCUCCGUCCCGUCAUGCGCAAUGAUUGCAUUGCAGGCGUCCGUCUUGAGUGA